CGCUGAGUUUGGGGCCGUGGAGCGUCGUCGCCAUGCGCUUGAGAUCAUUCUACCUGGCUGCAGUAUAUUUCACAUCUUUAGCAAUUCAAAGACACGCCGAAUCCACACAUUUACCCGCAACUAUUGGGAACGAUGGAUCGCUCGAGGUGGUCACACAUAAAACAUACAAUGUUGAUGAAGAUUUCAGUCUAUUAAUUGAUGUGCCUUGUCAUAAAAUGGAACGACUCUGCAGAAAUUCCACAAAGUUCACGAAUCGCCAAUCGAGUGAUGGAGAAUUUUCACUGCGCUUUAUGGAUGAGAUAGCUGGAGAAAUUGAUAUUAUUGAAGAUAAGAAAGACACCAUCUUCUCGCGUGAUCGAUUGAAGAAAAUGUUUAUUCCCAUGCUCCUGAUCCUCAAGCUGUUUAAGCUUAAAUUGCUCCUGCUUCUUCCCUUUAUCUUUGGCUUGGCAAGCUUUAAGAAGAUCUUGGGAUUCAUUAUCAUCAUCAUACCGGCAAUUUUGGGAUUCUUGAAGCUUCAGAGCUUGCAGCAAAUGUCACAGAUGAACUACAACACAGCAGGGUUGCAUAUGCAGUAUUCACCCCAAGGGAUUGGUGGACUCAGCUACUACCCUCAUCAUCCACAUUUUCACAGAAAAUCCGAUACAUUCAGACCAGAGGAUCAUCGGAAUCCUCAAUCACGACGACCAUCCUACCAUCCUGACUACAAUUCUUCGUCAGAUAUGCGCUAUCCCGACUCAUACGUAGCCAUUGCAGGGAAUCGUGUUCCAAGUGCCAGAUCCAAAUUAAAUCGCUGAAAUUGAGGAUGAUUCAGCGAACAAAUAGAAUUGCGAAAAAGUUGGUGGAAGAGAAAGAAUUAAUUUAAGAGAUCAUUCAUAUUUAUUUUGCUCAUUGUCUGUCUCUUGUAAAUAACAUUUAUAAUCAUACAUAUACUACGGGUAUAUAUACACAUUACAUUUCUUGAUGAAAUAUUGCUUUAGGAAUAUCUUUGUCAAUUGCAUGCAAUCAAUUGAGAAAUUACGUUUUUAGCAAAUAUUUCAGGUUUUUUUUCUCAAAUGGAAAAGACUCAACCGAAUUUUCAUUUUAAUUUGCUUCAAGACAGCCGAGACAGGGUAAGCUUUUUGAGAAAUUGCAUUUAUAAAUUUUAAUUUAUUUUAAGAUAAUUUAUAAAGUAAAAAUAAAUAAAUAAAUUAUUAUUGUCUACUGUCUUUUAGUCCACUACUCCAGCGAUGAUCUUUGCUGUGAGGUCUUAUCGGUCUUGUCAACGUGAGAUGUUUUCGAGGGGGUGUGGAAAGCAAGGAAAAUCUCUCUCUCUCUCUCUCUUUGGAAAAUGCUGAUGGUGUUCUUUGGUUAAUUUUACUGCGUAACUUUGGUUUUUUUUUCUUCAUCCACGUGGUCAUCAUGACGAGCUUUCUUUUUUUUAGGAAGACCCAAUUGGACUUCUAUAGGUGUAAAUUGGACUCCUCUGAGCGACAAGAGUGUAGUACAUGGGUUUUC